AAUCGUUUAGGUUACCAGUAGCCUUUAUGGUGCUGUAUUGUAUGGUUUCCCUGUGCGUACAGCAGCAUCUGUACCUUUAAGAGCAUCUCUGACAGCGUCCUCCUCAGUCACGGACGCUCACACAGCAGCUCAACAUUUGAGAAUACAGCUUAGCCUUCUGCGCUCAUAUCUCAUAGAUACAUUCAGAUACAUCACACAAUUGCAUUUACAACCAUUAUUUCUCCACCGGACAUUGAUGCAUUUGCCUCAAACGGUCACCGUAGCGGUCCCUCCGAUCGUUAUUGCUUUCAUUUCCAUCCUCUCCGCAUCCAAAGACUGAUCUACGCUUCAAGAUGGCUGAGUUGAAUUUGGGGAAGGGUCUGACUGCAGGGAAAGUGGCCAGCAACGUUCAAAAGAAACUAACGAGAGCCCAGGAGAAGGUUCUUCAGAAGCUUGGCAAAGCAGAUGAGACCAAAGAUGUUGCUUUUGAGGAAGGAGUGAUCAACUUCAACAAACAAUAUACUGAAGGUAGCAAACUGCAAAGGGACCUUAGGGCGUACCUGGAGGCAGUUAAAGCAAUGCACGAGUCCUCCAAGAAUGUGCAGGCAUGUUUGGCGGACAUGUAUGAGGAUGACUGGUACGGCAAAAGAGAAGUGGAUUCCAUCGUAGAGGAUUGUGAUGUGCUCUGGACAGACUACCACCAAAAGUUGGUUGAUCAUGCUCUCAUCUCCAUGGAUACUUACCUGGGACAGUUCCCUGAUAUCAAGGCUCGUAUAGCAAAGAGGGACAGGAAGCUGGUGGAUUACGACAGUGCCAGACACAAUUAUUCUGUCACACACAAGGCCAAAAAAAAGGACGGGGGCAUCAAAAUCACCAAGCCCUCCUCUUUGUUGGAGAGGGCCACUCCAGGUUGGGCUCAGGGUAUCUUGUCUGCACACAAUGUUGCUCAGAGCAGUCUUUCCAGGAACCAGGCAGAGGAUGAAUUGGAGAGAGCCCAGAAGGUGUUCGAGGAAAUUAAUAUUGAUUUGCAAGAGGAGUUACCUUCACUGUGGAACAGUCGUGUCGGGUUUUACGUCAGCACCUUCCAGAGCUUGGCUGGUUUUGAGGAGAAGUUUCACAAGGAAAUAGGCCGGUUGGAUCAGGAUUUGUAUGACACCUUGUUGAAAUUGGAGGGUACAGACACAACCAGAAAGACAGGUAGCCGCGGCGCCUCAUCAGGAGCAAAUAGGAGUGGGAGAGAUGCAUCUAACCACACUCUCAGGCCAGGAGGACCACCGCCAAUACCCAAAUCUCCAUCCAAGCUAAGGCCAGCAGUUCCUCCUCCACCAAAGGUGACGCCAUCCAAGGAUAUGAAACCAGAAAAUAUAGUCAGCCUGUUUGAUGCUGCAGCCGCUCCUAAUAUCAGUGUCACCUCACCGACAGAGUUUGACAGUCCAGCACUGAGCAGCCUGUUGGACAUGGACCUGGACUCUUUCAGUGCAGCGACCAAACCGCCCACGGUCACACAGCCUGCAAACUGGGAUUCAUGGCCUGAGGACAGUGGUGCCCAGGAAGAGGAUGCCGAGGAGCACUAUGACCCUGUGGCCGCUGCUACAGAUGCCUGGGGAGAUGACGGUACGCAGCCUGUACGCUAUGACCCCAUAGCAGCUGCCACAGAGGGCUGGGGGGAUGACGGGACCCGACCGGUUCGCUAUGAUUCUGAGGAGGCGGCUCAGGAGGAAGAGGGGGAUGAUGGGAGUCAGCAGGCUCAUUACGAUACUGUGGCUGAAGCUCAGGAGGGUUGGGACGAUGAUGGGAGCCAGCCGGUCACAGAGGUGCCCGAUGAAGCAGCUGAGGCUCCAGCUGAGGAAGAAACACCUGUUGCUGAUGAUGAUGAUGAGGAGGGUCAGGGUGAGUCGGCAGCAGCUGCUGCAGCAACAGAGGAAGAACAGGCAACAGAGGAGGCACCGGCACCUGCAGCAGCAGCAGCAGCAGCAGCAGAAGCAGAACCAGAGCCAGAACCAGAACCAGAACAUAAACCAGAAUCAACAGAAGUAGCAUCAGAAGAGGCAGAUAUGCCACCUGGCUUUCUGUUUAAGGUCCAGGUGAUGCAUGAUUAUGCCGCCAACGACACAGACGAGCUGGAGAUGGGCGCUGGGGAUGUGGUUCUAGUAAUCACUUUUGACAACCCUGACGAACAGGAUGACGGCUGGCUGAUGGGAAUGAAGCAGGACGACUGGCGACAGAACAAAGAAAACGCAGCUAAAGGAGUAUUCCCUGAAAACUUCACCCAAAGGCUGUGAGAGAGGAGUACAGGACGUCAUUCCAGCUUCCUUUUUAAUGUCUCUCUUUCUCUUGCCUCGAUCUUUCCUUCCCUCUCUCUCGCCCUGAUACUGUAUCUUCAAAAGGACUUUGGCCAUAGAAACGGAGCUGUCACAGCCCUGGCUGAAAUCGUGCAUUUCUAAGGUCUGCUACACUGUGCGAAAAGUGGAUCUUGGCAUUUCUGUGGAUUUCUGCCAACAUUUACACAUUACAGAUGUAGCCAUUUCACACGUCCCACUCCUUGUUGCAACCCCUACUGGAUCCUAUAGAAUAUAUGCAGGGGUGGGUACCUCUGCAAUGGCUACCGCUGUUACUGCAAAAUAGUGUUUUGUUCUUAAGUCAUGGCUCAUCAUAAACCCUCCAAGGCACCAUCAUAACAAAGAAAGUCUACUUAUGAGCUUAAUUUCAUUCUGGGUGAUGUGGGACUGGAUAAAACAAUGAAGACAAUGCCACGUGUAGCAGUGUAGUGAAAGUCCUUAUAUCAUUUUGUAAAGAGGUGAGUGCAUGUCAUUGUGAAAACCAGGUAACAGGAAGUUAAAAAACUGGGUUCAGUCCUCCCUGAUUUAAGGAACUUUAUCUCCCCAAAUUACACAGAAAAAACAUAAGCCUUUAAAUCAUGCAGACAGUGCAGCGACAUUUGUAGCCAUCAAAGGCUCACAGGUUUGUUCAGUACGACGAAGGAUUAGGGCCACAUUGAAGACAAAAAAAAACUGGGAAAUAACUUAAUUCUCAAAAAACAUGUGACUAUUCAACAUCAUUACAACUUGUUUUUCCCCCAUUUGUUCUCAAAAACAUACAGCUUUAUCCUAGUAAUAUAAGUUUUAUCUCUCGUCAUACUUUGUAUCCAUCAAAUUCUGACUUUAUCUUCUUAUGAUUUUCUUCCCAUAAUUGAACAAAAUUAUUCCUGAGAGUUUUUAUCAUUAUUAUUAUUUUGACAGGACAGCUUGAGAGAGACAGGAAAUUUGGGAAAAGAGAGGGGGACACAACAUGCACCAAAUUAUGCUGGGACCAGGAAUUGAUCCUGCAACGAGGACCGCAGCCGCUCUUUAGUGGCUGCCUGCGCUACUGACCGAGCUAAACCGGCAUCCCUAAUUUUUUUAAAAUCUUAAACGUGGCCCUAUUACCCUGUUGUAACUUUGUCACCUGUGUCAAUUAGAUUUUUAUGGUGGCAUACUUCAAUUAUGACCAUAUGUAAUUUAAUUGACUUAUUAUUUACCCAGAGAUACCUUGUGAUUUGCUGCCAACACAAGGCUUCUGGACACACCCAAUUUUAAUCCUCCCUUAAUAUGUACUUGUGAAACUUUGGCCCAUGGUUGUUGUGUUUGUUUCAAUUUGUGGUUUCAGUCGUAUGAACCCAAAAUCAAACAAACAAAUAUGCAGUUUACUGGUCAUUUGACACCAGCCUUGUUAAAGACUGCAGAAAUUUAAUAUGGAGAUGUUUUUAAAAACAGAAAUACUGGUCUUUAACUAUGAAUGUUUAGAUUUUUAACAUUCAUGAUUUUUAUCCCUCGUAGUGUGAAUUUUUGUGGACGGGACAUGGAAAGGAACUCAAUGGUCUUAUGCUGGACUUCAAAUAUGCAUUAGCCAGGCGUGCUUGAUAAGCUAGCCAACACAGCAACCAGAGCUGCAACUGGUAGUAUAAUAGUUUGUCAAGUGUGGUUACAUCCCUAAUGCUAAUCAAAUAUACAAUAACUGAGCCAGCCUCAUCCAGUUGAUAAAAAGUGUGCCGAAAACAAUUCCUUCCGUUUGCAGAGAGACGACUUCACUCAAAUGCAGAUGAUUCAGAAUAUGCACCAGAGCAACUUCUUUUAUUUUUCUAUGCUGCCAAGCAAUGAUUACAUAUAGCCUAAUGUAACUAUGUCAGAAUAAUUGCCAACUUAUGAUGUAAUGGAGUGUUUUGUACUUCUGUCAGGUUUACUGCUUUCAACAUAGCCGCUUACUGUAGGUAGUUGAAGUUGCCUCAUAUUCAGUCAGUCAAUGAAUGACUGACUUUGAGAUAGCUCCACAUCCAGUCAUUCAUCCAGUCACAACUCAAAAGAUAGUCACAGUUAUCAUGAUGUUAUUGACAUGUAAUAUGCGUGUGAGAAAAUGCCCGUGUGUACGAUUGUAUGCGUGUGUGUCUGUGAGUUGUUUGGAAACAUAAAUUCUUUAUCUAUAGGCUAUUGUUAUUGGAUGAUUUCACCACCUACCUACUAGGAGAUGGGGUUGUCUGUUUUACAGAAGGUUUUUUCUGACUGGACAAAGACCACUCAAACAUAUGUGGGUCUUUUUCCACUGGCUGGUAUUAUGGUUCCAGGUGUUCUCGUGCAUUUGUUGUGUAUAAGUGUAAUUUUGCCAAGCUGUGAUGACAGAUACAUAUUCUAUAAAGACAUUCAUAUCUGUAUGUGAGUUACUGUGAGCAUGCUGACUUCCCAUGUGUUGUUGUGUGAACACCCUUAAUUUAUGGCAAUGAUACUUUGGUCACUUUUGAGGCAUUGAAAACAGGCUUUUUUUAAUUUAUAUCUAAUUUAUGAUAGUAUUUUGUUUACCUUAGUAAUGAGGUUGGUGGGCUGUUACAUAUUAUUUAUUUUUCCACCAUUCCUUCUCAAAUCAGUCCUGAUUUUAUUGGCUGGUUGUCCAUCAGCCUUGCCUCAAAUGUUGCCUGAGUAUCAAGGUCCAAACAGAGAUAAACAAAAUUGCAUGGAGACAGGACACAUAGAGAAAUUUUACAAAUCCCCAGACUCAGGUGGACAAGUUUUUGUAAUGGUUUACAGUAUUUUACCACUUGGCAAGUGCAUGAUCUUUUUCAUAUGUAUGUAAAAAGCCUCACGUGAAGGCAUCACCUGCAGAUAUACAGUCACUUGCAUAUUUUUAUUUUCAGAUAUUUAUGUAAGGUGGUGAGUGUUUCACUUGGGUCUGCUUCUCUAUUUGUUCUAACGGAUCAGUCUCCUGCAAUGAGAAAUGGGAUACGACAAAAUGUUUUUCCUGUACCUAACUGACCAAUAAUAAUAAAGAUUACUUAGAAUCUCA